GGACAUGUUGAGGUUGGCAUACCCAAGGACAGUAACUACCAUGGCUUCCAGUGCUUUGAGGAAACCUCAGAUGCGUGGCCUCCUGGCCAGGUGCCUGCGGUUUCAUAUUGCUGGAGCAUUUCUUGUAUCCCUUGGGGUUGCAGCUUUGUAUAAGUUUGCUGUGGCUGAACCAAGAAAGAAGGCAUAUGCAGAUUUCUACAGAAAGUAUGAUUCUAUGAAAGAUUUUGAGGAAAUGAGGAAGGCUGGUAUCUUUCAGAGUGCAAAGUGAUUUUGGAAUAUAAAGAAUUUCUUUGGGUUGAUUUACCUAGAAGUUUGUCACUGACCUGUGUCCCUGAGCUAUCAAUAUGUGGGCUGAGGAAUAGUUUCUCUUGAUAAAUAAAAAAUUAACAAAUA